AUGAUGGCACGUUUCAUUUUGAUCUGCUUAUUUCAUCUUUUCGCUUGCAUUUGCGCUCAGGAUAAAGUAUAUUUAAUCACUGCACCCAAACUCCUGCGACUCGACGCUUCUGAAAAUGUGCUGGUGCAGUUGUUUGGCUAUGACCAGGAAACCAUCGUGGAUCUUUAUUUAAAGAAAUCACUGGCACCAGGAGACAAAAGAUAUGCCUUUCAGUCCCUGAAACUCAAUGUUCACAACAAAUAUCACGCGAAGGCCACCUUACGGAUCAUGCCUAAUGAUUUCCCUAAGGGGGAGAAGUAUGUCUAUCUUCAGGCGAUUUCUAGUGGUUUGAAUACACAUGAAAGAAUCCCAGUCACUACUGUCAAUGGUUUUCUUUUCAUCCAGACUGACAAACCAUUAUACACGCCUGAUCAGGAGGUACAAGUGCGUGUUUACUCCAUGAAUGAGGAGCUGAGGAAAUCUAGGCAUCCCGUUACCUUGACGUUUGUGGACCCCAAUGGUAUCAAGGUAGAAAUGAUUGAUAUGACUGAAAUCAAUGGAGCGAAACCACUUCUUCCUCCCUUCAAAAUACCACUUAAGCCAAUUUUUGGAAUCUGGAAAAUCCAGGCCACUUACACUGAAAUAUUUGACACGGCUGCCACGGCUGAAUUUGAGGUCAAAGAAUACGUGCUGCCCAGUAUUUCACUUCAAAUCAAGCCGGAGGAAAACUACAUCAGUGCUGGCAACUUUGAGUCUUUCAAGCUGAAGAUUUCAGCCAAGUAUGUGCAAGGAACACCAGUUAGUGAAGCCGAUGUGUUCUUGAGGUUUGGCUACAGUACUCCAGAUGAAACUGUCAUGAUCCCAUCAACCUUUACAUUUUAUCAGAUGAGAGAUGGAAACCUGGAUGUCAGUCUAUAAAUCAAGUCAGCUCUGUCCACUAUGCCUGACGGACCUCAGCACCUGCAAGACAUGAAGCCAAACACUCUCCUACGUGUGAUAGUUUUGUUGCAAGAGUCAACUGGUGGUAUCUCCGAGCAGGCAGUGAUGUCACAUGUGAAGUUUGCAGAAUCUCCAUUUACCCUGAAAGUGGUCGCAACCCCUCCAUUCAUCAAGCCUGGCUUACCAUACGCUAUCAGAGUCUUGGUGACGAAUCCUUUGGGUGAGCCAGAACAAGGAGUGUCAGUCAAAGCAACGGCAACGAUAACAAAUGUCAACAACCAAAUAGAUCAUUUCAAAUUCUCUGGACACCAAGAUACGAUGACAGCAACAAGUGCGAGGGAUGGAAUUGCUUACUUCACAUGUAAUAUACCCAGAGAAGUGCAAAAUGCUGAAUUCAGUUUUCAGACAGCAGAUCAUUCCCAAGUCCAAGUCAAACAUAAGGUCGAAUCAUACGUGUCUACCAAUCAUCGAUAUCUGUACAUUAAUUUACCAUCUGACUCUGUCAAGUUUAAAGUCGGCGAGUACACAAAUAUCGAAGUUCACUUUGAAUAUCGCGAAUAUCUUUCUCUGAAGACCUUCAGCUACCAGAUCAUCUCAAAAGGGAAGGUUGUGAAUCACGACACAGUCGAACGUGUAAAUGAAAGGAGUCAGAAUCUGAACAUUCUGAUAACGGCAGACAUGGUUCCUUCUGCACGUCUGCUGGUGUACUACAUCCUGACCGGCGAGGGCAAAGCCGAGCUGGUGGCAGAUUCCGUGUGGUUCGAUGUCCAAGCGAAAUGCAUCAAUAAUUUAAACGUGGACCUCUCAACUCCCAACUCCCAACACUACGAACCCAAAGAUAAGCUUCAACUGACGGUGUCAACCAAAAGCACAAGAGAGGAGUCACUGGUGGCGUUGUCGGCUGUAGACACGGCCCUAUACAACCUCAGAUCGAACGAUAAAGACCCUCUAAAACAGGUGUUGCAACACAUCGAGAAAAGCGACUUGGGUUGUGGAAGAGGUGCUGGCAAAAACAACGGCGAUGUGUUCGACCGCACCGGACUUAUGAUCCUCACCAAUGCCAACGCCCAGACCUCCAAUGCAGGAGGGGUUUGCACUUCUAUGGCUAGACCAAGGCGCUCGGUCAGCCUGAAUGAUGAGUUUGAAAAAUAUGCCAACACGUUCGGGAAGUUCAAACCGUGCUGCAUAGCUGGGACACACAGUAGCCCGACCCUUGAAACCUGUGGUCAACGUGCUGCGAGGAUAAGGGUGAACCCUAAGGGUGCGGAACACUGUAAGAACGCCUUUCGCAAAUGCUGCGAACAUGCGAUGAAGCUCCAUGAAGACAACGAGGAUAGGAUCAUACUUAGUCGCUCUGCGAUUGACUUUCUGUUGGAUAUAUCUCCAUCGACCCGGAGCUACUUUCCUGAGAGCUGGUUCUGGGAGGAACACACAAUCAGCAGAUCUGGAUCAGUAAGCAUCAACAAGAAUCUUCCGGAUUCACUGACUACAUGGGAGCUGAAAGCUGUUGGGGUUUUCAGUGAUGGUAUAUGCGUGUCAGAUCCAGCAAAGGUUCAAGUGUCUCAGGGCAUUAGUGUGAACGUACCCUUGCCGUAUUCAAUGGUGCGUGGAGAGCAGAUUGAGCUCAAGGGUUCAAUCUACAAUCGCCUUUCUUCAAGUACUCCGUACAGUGUUACCUUGACAGCACCAGAGGGAGUGUGUGUGUUUCAUGGUGUUCAGAAGGGGAGAGGGGGAGCGCCACAUGAAAACAAGGGCAAAAUAGAAUCUCUCUCUGUGGCCAUGGUCAAGUUCUACAUCAUGGCCAUGGAAGCAGGAACUCAUACGCUUAAAUUCACUUUAAAAACCAGUCAAGUGACGGACAUUCUCAUAAAGACGUUGAGAGUUGUGCCAGAAGGAAUAAGAAAGGAGCAGACGGUUGGAGGAAGAAUCGAUCCAAGGGGCGUCUUUGGCACUCAAAUACGAAAACUUGAGUUAAAAAAUUCCAUUCCUCCAAAAAUCGUGCCAAAGUCAACCGUGGAACGCUCUCUGAUAAUUAACGGUGAAGUGCUGGGAGAACUCCUGUCAAUAUUAACCAAUCCACGUGGUUUAAAGCAGUUGACUCAACUACCAAGGGGCUCAGCUGAGGUGGAACUCAUGGGUCUUCUACCGAUCUACUAUGUCUACCACUUCCUAGAGAGCACAGAGCAAUGGGACGUUCUGGGGAAAGAGGUGGCUGCGAGUAACAUAGAGCUGAAGAGAAAAAUGAAAGCUGGCAUCACCAGCAUCAUGUCCUUUAAGUUAAAGAGAGAAUAUGCGUUCAGCAUGUGGUCAAAUGAGGACAAAUCAGCCAGCACCUGGGUGACUGCUCUUGUCGUCAAGACUCUCGCUGAUAUGCACGACUACGUCUCUGUGGAGUCUAAUUUGAUGAGCAACACCAUCUCUUGGCUGAUCAGACAAUGUCAAAAUCAUGACGGCUCCUUCAGUGAAAAAUCUGAAACUAGACCACUCAAACUUAUGGGUGCUGGAGCAGAUGUUACUGAACAGACUGUUUACCUCACAUCGUUUGUUAUGAUUGGAAUUAAAAAAGCUAUGGUCAUCAAAACACUUAACUUAGAGGAAUUUAAAAUGGCUUUAAACCGCGCAUCAGACUAUGUUUCCGCUCAGACGAGGAAGCUCAACAAUUUGUACGUAAGAGCCAUUUCUUCCUAUGCUCUAACACUAGUAGACAUCCACAAUAUGCCUGCAAAUUAUCUUUACGAGGGACUCAAGAAACAGGCUCAAAUCAUAGGAAACCCAGCCACGGUUCGUUUCUGGGAGGAGGCUCAACCCAAGAAAGAUCCAUUAAAACCCAGUAAAACAGCAGCGAAGAGCGUGGAAACGACAGCGUACGUCCUGCUCAAUUCUUUACACAGAGGUGACUCCAACUAUGCCAAACCCAUUCUGAACUGGCUAACACAAGACCAGAGAUACGGCGGAGGCGUCCAUUCAACGCAGGACACUGUUCUCACUUUGGAGGUGCUUUCCAGGUACAGCCUGUUAGCUAAACAAGCCGUUUUAGACAUGAAGGUCAACGUUGAAUACCGGACUAAAGGUGACAUCACUACCAUCAACCUAACACAGCAGAAGCCAGUGGCUACACCGAUUGAAGUGACUCAAAACGAUGACGUCAUUAUCAAAACGGCGGUGACGUCCGGAGUGUCGUUCGCCACGCUGAGAACGGUGUACUAUGAAAUGUCAGAAGGCGAUGAAAAAUGCCAUUUUGAUCUCUUAAUCGACGUUCACGACCGCAACCGAAAUUCAAAUGAUCCAAUGCUCUUAUCGCAGCGGAUUGUAGCUUGCGCAAAGUACAAGCCCCACGAGAAUUUGGUCGAAAGGGAGGCUGGACUCACUGUGAUGGAAAUUAAUUUGCCGACUGGAGUGAGCCCGAUCCAGGAAGAUCUAGAUAUGUAUCAGAACGGUCUUGAGACUCGGUUUUCCAACUAUGCAAUCGAAGGGGACAAAGUCAUCCUUCAAAUCGAUUCUAUACCGUCAGACCAGUUCUACUGCGUGGGUUUCCGUAUUCAGGAGGAGUUUGAAGUGGGCAUGAGCAGCGCCUCUGUAUUCAAAGUUUAUGAAUUCUCUGCUCCAGAUUAUCAGUGUAUAAAGUACUACUACAGACAAAGUCGCAGGCUCUUACGACUCUGUGACGGAGACCAGUGCCAGUGUAUGGCAGCGGAAUGCUGCAAUUUCAAGUCUAGGAUUGAUCCCAGUAUCACCUCUGAGCAGCGCAGACAGGACAUGUGCAGAGAAAGCAUUAAAUAUGCCUUUAAAGUGUCGAUUGAAUCCUCUGAGGCUACGGGGGACUUUGUGACCUACAAAGCAAAAGUUGAAGGAACCCCUUUGAAAAAAGAACCAGCUGAUGACAUCAAAUCGGACACGUAGAUAGAACUAGUCCGAAGGGCGACUUGCAGCUCCACAAACCUUGAAGUUGGCAAGCAGUAUCUGAUUAUGACUGCCAAAAGCAUGCAGAUACGAGUGGGUCAAGCUUACAAGUAUAAGUUUCCCUUGGAUUCAGAUGCUUCUGUGGAAUGGUUGCCACGCAGUUCAGACGGUUGUUCAAACGCUGCCUGCCAAAAAUACAUCACUGUUCUGGAAGAUUUUGAAUACGACUUUACAAUGACUGGCUGUUUUUGAUAUUAUAUGCCAACAGAGGAUAUUCAUGUGCCUGUUGUUACAAUAUCCCCUGGGAAAAUGUAUACAUAUUGCUAUCUUUAAUAUGACAAUAACAUUUACAAAUGAGCUAUAUGCUUUCUUAAGGAAAAUGUUUUUAUGUACGUAUAUUGUUUGAACAAAACUAAAAAUCACAGUCUUAUAGCCAUAGACUUACUCAUACAUUUUCUAUAGACCAUGUCGGAUAACAAUCGACGCUGGUCCAGAAGAAUUUCCUGUUUCAGUUUUUCAAAGCUACACAAAUGUUUAAACAAAAUACAACCAACAAAACAUUUAUAACCAAAUCAAAAUUUUAAAUGAGUAUAUGUAAGGUUUAAUUAUGUAUGUGAAAAUAAAAUAAAACAAAAG